AUGCCUCCUCAACGCUUAGUCCGUCGCCAACCCCUGGCCGAGAGGCUAUCGAGCCUGGUUAACCCCUUCGACCUCUUCCUUGCAUUCUCCAUCUGGCUGGAAUCUCACGACUGGGACAAUUUGCAGAAUACCAUCAAGAACCCCCUGGGCCUGGCUUUGAACGUACUUUGCCUGAUAUCGUGCGCAAACUCCAAUGGAGCCUACAGGCGUAGCGGCGCCGACGACGUCUUGCGGCGGCCUGCGGGUGGGUACUCAGGUGGCAUUAGCAGCGGUGGCGGCGGCGCCGGAUGGGGUUCUGGAUUAUCUUAUUUUGUAUGUGUAUCACCAAUGUCAGAGACUGCGAGCGUGGGGAUGGCGCAUGGCGAGAUGAUCUCAUGUCUCCCCCUCUACGGUCAAGGCUAUAGUAGUAGUAACUCAUUGUUUUAUCGACAGUUUUGGGUCCUGUCGUGGGUUUUAGCCGCUGGGAGUGUUUUCAAUGCUGUUUACUGCUUCUCCCGGAAGAGGCGGUAUAGACUGUUUGAGAGCAAUAUUGAGGUAUGAUAUGUAUCCCCUUUUUUGUCCUGACCCGCGGGUCCCCCGCCACCCGCUGCUGCACCCUUUUCUCUUUUCUCUAUUCGAUGAUGACAGCGGAACGUUGGCCGUUUUGUUCUAAUAUUGAUGUACCAAUGAAUGUAUAGAUCGAGCCUACCACGCCUAGUGCCCGCAGGGUACCUGUGGAUUCCUCACCUACCGCCACCUCACCGCUGCGCUUAUUCGGUAAUAUCAUGGAGUCCUUCGCGAGCACCCCCGAGUCAAGGUCGCGUCCGGAUGAAACUCGCCAUGUAUGGGAGGUUUCCGUGUGGGACCCAACACCACUUUCCCUCAGGCUAUUUGCCAUCUUCUCCCCGGUGCACGUCCUCAUCUAUUUCCUCGCGCUGCCAGUCGCCACAUCAAACACCACUUUUUCCAGCCCGGGAUUUGCCAAUUUUCCCACACCGCUCGCGACGAAUACGGUUGGGACCAUACUUAUGAUGCUUGCCACGCAGCUAGCACUUUCGGCGCAAUUGAUCUAUACUCAGGUGUCGUUUACUCAACAAGCGAAGGACACCGCUCUGAUUCACAAAGAGGUCCUGCACGAGUAUGAUCAAAAGUUUGUUCACCCGCGUCUCAACGUUCUCAGGCGAGAUGUAGCAGUGCAGACAGCAAGCAGGGAGUCUGGCGAGGGUGCUAGCGUGAGCUUUUUCACGCCGAACCCGAACGGACAAGGGUUCAGGACCGCCCCAAAUCCUAAUUAUGCAGAUCUCACAAUACGUGACAGAGCUGGCUCCAUGAGACACACUCCAUCCACACCCACCGGAUCACCGUUCUCCCCGAUGCCAGUGAAGGGCUCUAUGAGACAGCCUCAGUUUGGCCCCGUGAGGAGGUCCACAUCAACGUCUACAUCUAUGAACGACAGCGGAAGCUUUGGCACAGACAUUGAUGAAGAUUACAACAAUGGCGACGACGAUGCUACAAUUGCGUCUACAACCACGGGCCGGGCUGAAGGCCGUUAUGGAUCCGGAACUCCGAGGAUGCCAAGGUCUUCGAACAUCGGGAUGCACGGUCUUGUUAACAUGAGCAUGGAGAAUAGUAGGAACAUUAGCCCAAGUAAGAUGAAUAGCCCUUUACGGAGAGGAUAUGCCGCGAGAGGGAGUAGCUACGCCGGCAGCUUGGGUACACCGCUGGGAAGCUCUGUUCGAAGGAGCGCUAACAACGGCUAUUGAUCUCGUGCGUUAUACGGCUAGAAUGAAAUAAAAAUAAAGCAAAGAAAAUAUAAAACAAGAAACGGCUUACACGACGGAUAUGAGCUGGACGAGAGUUUUGGCAACGAGGGACAGGACCUGGUCGAGGUGACCCUUGGAGGGGGGUGGCGGGAAGAGUUUUACCGGGGUCAGUUUAAGAGUUUGUUCUGGGGGGAGGGUUGGAAGGGGGUGAAGCAUGAUUCGGUCAGAGGUUUAUAUGGUAAUUUCGUCUACCGCGGAGCAGGGCAAGGCGGGGCAAGGAAAAAGUGAAGCAAGGGAGGGAGAGAAGGUGCGAAUAGGUGAGCAGGGGUCUUUUGGGGAAAGAAGCCGUCGCUUGGUUCUCUUGUGGGAUUCCCGAUCCGGAGAUAUAUUCGACUGAUAUCCUACUUGUACGCUUCGUCCGCCCAUGGCGAAUCCGGUAAUGCGGAUGCGGAUGCGGGAACCGGGUUCGUGUACCCGCACUUGCUGGGCCAGGGGGUGGAAAAUUUGGCCUUCUCUUGUCUUCUCCUGCCUUAUCUUUUCAUAAGAUUGCUUCUGGUAUUUACUCUCACCAAGUUCCAACCCUUUUCUUCCUUUAUUUUUCAUGCUUGUCCCGGCGUUCUUCGGUGUGGCUUGGGCUUCGGCGGUUUCUUUCAUUGAUUCUUUUCUUCGUUUCUGGCUUUCUUUAUAGAAGUAGGGGGCAGGGUAUAUGCGGGAGAAGGGAGGACCGUAUAAUACGUUACAAGGGAGAUAUACGCCUUACCGCACUCUGUGAUCUAUAUUGUCUCUCGCGCCUAGUGUUGCUAUGUCUUGCUGCGCGGCCUGUAAUUAUAAUGCUAUUUUAUACUCUUCCUUCCCUUCCCUUUCGCUACUGGUACGUGCCUGGCCAUUUCCACCGCCUCCACCGUAUACCGGUGGCGCCAGUAUGAUAGAGCCUACCGUACCCCACUACACCGUAUCAGAUUUCCUGGGGGGGGAUUCUAAUUGAGUGGCGUUAGCGGGAAGGAAGACCUAAAGGAAGGGACAAGUCAUCAAUUAGCAGCCCUCCCUUGGACGGCCGAGUGCUAAACUAGCAGCGAUCCGGCAGGUUGGAGAACCGUACGGCGGGUAUCGUGAAACCCUCGGCGCACAGGGGAGGGGAGCGGUUGCACAGUAUUGUAAA